AUGGGUAACCCCGACCCCUCCCUUACCGGUGCCCAAGGUCUGGGUGGGGGUGGGGACCCCAGGCUCCCAUCUGGGGAGAGUCCAGAGUGGCCUGUAUGCACUGACAGCGCACCCCGCUGUCCACCCUUCAGAGCAGCCCGAGCAUUUGGCGAGUACCUGUCCCAGAGUCACCCUGAGAAUCGCAACGGUGCAGACCACCUGCUGGCUGAUGCCUACUCCGGCCACGACGGGUCCCCCGAGAUGCAGCCAGCCCCCCAGAACAAGCGCCGCCUCUCCCUUGUCUCCAAUGGCCGCUACGAGGGCAGCCUCUCCGAGGAGGUCGUCAGCGGGAAGCCGGCCGCUGAGGGGCCCCAGCCCCGCGUGUACACCAUCUCCGGGGAGCCCGCCCUGCUGCCCGGCCCCGAGGCCGAGGCAAUUGAGCUGGCUGUGGUGAAGGGGCGGCGACAGCGGGAGCGGCACUCCCACCACCACAGCCAGCCCCUGCGUGCCAGCCCGGGGGGCAGCCGCGAGGAUGUCAGCAGGCCCUGCCAGAGCUGGGCAGGCAGCCGCCAGGGCUCCAAGGAAUGUCCCGGGUGCGCCCAGCUGGCCCCUGGCCCCGGCCCUUCCCCUCGGGCCUUCGGGCUGGACCAGCCACCUUUGCCUGAGGCCACCAGCCGCCGCAAGAAGCUGGAGAGGAUGUACAGCGUGGACCGUGUGUCCGAUGACGUCCCCAUCCGUACCUGGUUCCCCAAGGAAAACCUCUUCAGCUUCCAGACAGCAACCACAACUAUGCAAGCCAUCUCGCCCUGUGCUCAUGCCUCUGUCCCCACGUCUCGGUCCCUCCUACCUGCGGCCAAGGGCAGUGCUGACUCGUGGUGGUUUCCCAGGGUGUUCAGGGGCUACGCGGAGAGGAAGCGCCGGAAACGGGAGAAUGAUUCCGCGUCUGUAAUCCAGAGGAACUUCCGCAAACACCUGCGAAUGGUCGGCAGCCGGAGGGUGAAGGCCCAGACGUUCGCCGAGCGGCGCGAGCGGAGCUUCAGCCGGUCCUGGAGCGACCCCACCCCCAUGAAAGCCGACACUUCCCACGACUCCCGAGACAGUAGUGACCUGCAGAGCUCCCACUGCACCCUGGGCGAGGCCUUUGAGGAUCUGGACUGGGAGACGGAGAAGGGCUUGGAGGCGGUGGCCUGUGACACAGAGGGCUUUGUGCCCCCCAAGGUCAUGCUCAUCUCCUCCAAGGUGCCCAAAGCCGAGUACAUCCCAACUAUCAUCCGCAGAGACGACCCGUCCAUCAUCCCCAUCCUCUACGACCAUGAGCAUGCAACCUUUGAGGACAUCCUGGAGGAAAUAGAGAAAAAGCUGAACAUCUAUCACAAGGGAGCCAAGAUCUGGAAGAUGCUGAUUUUCUGCCAGGGUGGCCCCGGACACCUGUACCUGCUCAAGAACAAGGUGGCCACCUUUGCCAAAGUAGAGAAGGAAGAGGACAUGAUCCACUUCUGGAAGCGGCUGAGCCGCUUGAUGAGCAAGGUGAACCCAGAGCCGAACGUCGUCCACAUCAUGGGCUGCUACAUUCUGGGGAACCCUAACGGGGAGAAGCUGUUUCAGAACCUCAGGACCCUCAUGACCCCUUACAGGGUCACCUUUGAGUCCCCCCUGGAGCUGUCGGCCCAAGGGAAGCAGAUGAUAGAAACCUACUUUGACUUCCGCCUGUACCGCCUGUGGAAAAGCCGCCAGCACUCGAAGCUGCUGGACUUCGAGGACGUCCUGUGACGGCCCCGGCCCCGCCCGGCUGCUGCCGCGGACCCGUGGCCGGGGCUGGGCCGCGUGCUGGGUGCUGCCCAGGACCGCGCGGCUCCCGGCCUUCACGCCGCUUCAGGGCGCCCUCAGGUGUCGCUCAGGUUCCUCCCGUGGGUCUGGUCCUCACUGACCACAGGCCAAAGGUCACAGCCCCUGGGGCCCUGGGACGAGCCGCGCCCCACACAGCCAGGCGGCCAGGCGCUGCCAGGGCCUAGGCCUCGCCCAGAGGGCGCAGCACUGGGGCGGCUCCUCUUAGCGGGUUGAUAGAAAUAAGUGCAAUUUUCACACCCCCAAAACAAUUCGAAGGGAAGCAGCAUUACUAGUUGAAUAGUUAAGUGCUACAUUACCAGUUCCGGUGUAGACAACCUAGCCCAGUGUGUGUUCAGGACCUUCUCUGCCCCCAGCCCCCCAGCCCUGCCGUAUUUGAUCACCAGCACCAGGGUGGCCCGUCCGUGGGGACGGUGUCGCCUGGCUGCCGGCCCGGCUCCGGCCCUGGCCGCGUCCGUGAUGGUCUUUGCUUGUUCCCUCUUGCCACCCACUGCUUACUCUGACCUCAGUCGCACCGGCCUAGCAAGGGUACCUGGGCAGCUGUGGCGGGCGGGGGCGGGGGGGAGGGCACGACCCCCUUUCUCUCAGGAGGCUCUGGGUUGAGCCGGGCCCUGCCUGCUCCCCGUCCUCCAGCACCCGCCUGGCCCUCUGGUGCCGCGGUGCGUUCAGCUUUUGCCAGCCUUGGUCUGGAGGCUUCUCCCAGCACAAAGGGUUUGGCAGGGGCGGGCGGGGCUGGGCCCCGCUGGGUGAGGACCCCGCCGCACACUGCCUGGACCCCGCAGCAGCGCUGAGCCGCUGGUGGACUCUGGGCUUGUGGCCUUGCUGGGGCUCAGGGGCAGGACCCCUUGGCAGAGCCUGAGUCUGAGGACACCUGGCUGUGCCCUCAGCUAAGGGAGGGGACGGGCAUGUGCUGGGCUCUGAAUGAUGUACGAUAUCCCUUAGAGUGACCAUUAAACCUGACCCUCUGCUGCGGCCA